AUCAAAAUAUGGGCAAGAAAAAGGGAAAGUCGCUUGUUCAGCACCGAGAACUGUUUCAACGGAUGAACUAUCUUUACCAGGCAGCUCACUUCGCGCUGCACCAUUUCUCGCAGAAUGCCGAUCUUGCUCGGUUUUAUUGUUCUACUAUGAAGAGCGUAGCAAAGAAGUCUGUUCUAAGAAUGGACUUUAGGAUAAAGAGGACGUUGUGCAAGAGAUGCAGUUCACUGUUGGUAUCUGGGAAAACAGCGACAGUUAGAGUUAAAGGGAGACGGCAGUGCCAUGUUGUUGUAACUUGUCGCCACUGCAAGACAAUAAAACGUUUCGUCUGUCGCCCAACCCAAAACCACACCACAUCGAGUCAUCAGGAAAUGCCUCUUCGAACCAAGUGAGGUGACUGGAGAGUAAGAGAAAAUCUAUAACUAAAAUUUUGGCUGGCAUUGUGGCUACUGAAUAACGUAAUGACCAGUGGAUGUUGUCAUUCAGUAGGGGAUAUAAUGAACAUGAACAUGCAUUAGGAGCCUUGCAAGUGAGUUAUAUAUUGGUUUUCAAUAGAAAAUAUUUUUGCAUACACCUUCAAUAGAAAAUAUAGUUUUUGCAUACACCUUCAAUAGAAAAUAUAGUUUUUGCAUACACCUUCAAUAGAAAAUAUAGUUUUUACAUACACCUUCAAUAGAAAA